GUUUAUAUUUUAAUAAGUAAACAUUGUUAACUAAAAUUUAAAUUUCCAUGCAUUAAGUCAUUAACCGCCACAUAAUGUUUGAAAAAUAAAUUCAAUUUACACGUAAGUAGACUCGUUUCUUACAUAAUAUCUUUAAUUAUACAAAAAUCAUAAUGGACGCCUACAUCAGGCAAACGUUAACAAUAUCUGUUGCCCAAAUAUGUAACAAUAUUGGUUGGCACUCAAUAACAGACUCUUCUAUGAACAUUCUGACUGACAUUCUGCACCACUAUAUUAGUGACUUGUCAGUUACAUCGAAAAAAUAUGCAGAACACGCAUACAGUGACGUACCAGAUAUUGAAGAUUUGGAAAAGGCCUUUCGUCAUAAAUCUAUAUCAUUCACUGAAUUACGUAGAUAUAUGAAACACACAGGGCCUGUCAAAUUUCCACAUAGUGUACCUCCAUUAAACAAUAUGCCGGGAAGUAUUGUUUUGAAUGUUAUUAAACCAGGAAGUAGGGAAAUUUUAACCAGACCUAUUCACGUUCAUGAUCAUCUUCCAAGUUUAAUGACUGAACCCAUUGAAGAGGAAAAAACCACAGAUACAGAGAAAAUUAAAAAUGAAAUUGUGCACAUUAAACAAGAAUCAGAAGAAGUUAUAUUACAUAAACGUUUGAGAGAAAUUUCUAGUGUAGUGAUGACAUCUAGUGGUUUUUUAUCUCCAUCUAGAGAAGGUAGAUUGGCAGACUCUAAAUUAUUGCCAUUCCCCGAAAUAAAAAUCGAACCACUUAAAUCACCUAACCUAACUGAAAUUACAACUUGUAACAAAGACGAAUCUUCUCAAAAAAUUACGAUAAGCUUAAAGAAAGAUAAAUCAAAAAAGUUGAAAUCUGAAGUAAAAAAAAAACUUAAAGGUUCAAAAAAACAUAAUUUACUCUUACAGUCUAAAGAAAAAAAGGCAAAAGUUUUAAAAAAAAUACCGAAAAUCAAAGAAGAAAAAAUAUUUGUUUCAAAAGAACUUCCUGUAUUGGACCCUGUUAUAGAUGAAAUUGAUGUUGUAACUGUACCUGAAAAAGUUACUGAAAAGAUCCCAAAAAAAGGUGUUUCUUCACUCCACGCUAAUAAAACAAAAAUGGAAGAAAUCCUACCCAAAUUUUCAUUUUUUGGUCCUUUACCUCAAGCUCCUGAAUUAAUACCAUCUACAUUUUCUCAGUCAAUUAUUCCAUCAGAGAAAAUAGAAAAACCAACUAAUCCAAAAAUACAAAUUGAAAAUGAAGAUAUAAGCCGCAAAGAACAAAAAAAGAAGAAAAAGGACAAAAAGAAAGAAAAAAAGGAAAAGAAAAAGCAAAAAGAUAAAUUAAAGCAAAUAAAUAAACUAAAGGAAAAAGAGAAGAUGAAAGAAAAAGAAAAGAAAAAAGAUAAACUUAAAUCUACUAAUAAAGUACCAAAAAUCAAAUUCAGAUUUGGGAAUCGAGAGGAAACCAUUACAAAAGUAAUGCCUAUUGAAAAGCCACCAGAAGUAAAUUUAUCCAUAAUUCCAAAACCUGAACCUAUUGAAAUUGAUGUGGAAAUUGAAUCAAAACCAGACAUCCCAAUUGAAAUAUUACAUAGCAUUAAAUCACCUCCAAGAGUUCCUAUUCAUAAAAUUAAAACUAAAAUUGUUACGAAAACUGUACAGCCAACUCCAGCUCCAGCUCCUGUUGAAACUUCUCCUCCAGCAUUCUACUAUGAUGCAGCUGGCAAUCAAGUAUGGAUCUGUCCUAUGUGCACUAAACCAGAUGAUGGAAGUCCAAUGAUUGGUUGUGAUGGAUGUGACGUAUGGUAUCAUUGGGUGUGUGUUGGUAUCCAGUGUCCUCCAGACUGCGCUGUUUGGUAUUGUCCAAGGUGUUUGGCGAAACGUGCACAGCCAACUAAAGGCAAAAGAGGUAGACCACGAAAAAACAAAUUUUAGUACUUUACAAUACAUGUACAUGCAUAUAAAUGUAUGUAUAUAAAUAUAUAUAUAUAUAUAUUACAAAUCAUAUUGAGUUUAUAGUAAUAAUUUAUAUUUUUCUUUAAUUGCAAUUAUCAUUUAUUUUAAACUAGUUGUUUAGUGAUUACAUGUAUGUAUAUAUAUAUAUAUAUAUUUUUUUAAGGAUUAACAGAUUUUUCAAUCAUAUUUGCUUCCAUUAAUAACUUUUUGUACAUUUGUAACCAUUUAGUUUUUGCAAGUUAUUAUAAUUAAGUACCUAUUAUAUAAAUUUAGUUUUAUACUUUGACUGAGAAAUAAUAUGUUCAUACUGUUUCAAUAAAUAAUGUAAAGGAGGGGGAUAAAUUAAUAUUUAUUUUCUGGAAAUGAAUAUGAAAUAAUAAUUCCACAAUAAUUGGGUAAAAUUCAGAUUGUUAAAAAAAAUAUAAAAUUACUAAGUAGGUACACAGAUAUUGUAUGUCAAUUUGCAUUAAAUAUUACUAUUAAUUGUUAUUCGACAUUUUAGGUGUAAGUUGAUCUCAAGAAUAAUAAAUGAACAAAAUAUUUGAUGUACCUGUCUAUCUAUUUUUAAUUUGUAUUAAUAAUAGUUUAUAAUGAAGUAGAUUUAUUUCUCAAUGCAAAUAACCUAACUAUAUUCUACUGACUGAUACGAAUAUGUAUAUACAAUUAUUUUAAAAAUAUUAUUUAUUUUUUCUUCAAAUUUGUACUAAAUUCUGAAAUAUUUAGAUGAUAUGAUCAAAACAGUUGAUUUAAAUAAAUUAUUAAAUUUAUUGGAUGUUUUAAUUGGACCAUUAGUCUCAGUUUUCAUCUUGAAGUUGUUAAUGAUGGUCUUUCCCUUUUGGUUCUGGAAAAUAAAUUCACAAGUUAAAAAUCGAGUUAUUGCUAUAUUCAGUAAUAUUUACUUAUUAUUUGAAAUACUUCUGCCAAUAGUUCACUUUAUUUUUGAUAGUAUUCUUCUGUAUAUUCUUGCAGUAGAUUAAAUGGUUUUUUAAAUUUAAAAAAAAAAGACUGUGCUUUCAAUUGUUUACAACUCAAUAUUAUUAUUAUUAUUUUUUUUAUUUUGUAUCAUUAAAAUUACAAAUGUUCAGUUCUAUAGUAACAUUUUUUUAAAAUUGACCAACAUUUAACUAAAAUAAUUGUUUUUAUUAUAGGAAAAUAUGUAUAAUAUGUGUAUAUCAUGUAUUAAUGUCUAUUUAUAAAUAAUAUAAUGUAUGAAAACAAAAUGUAAAGUUAAUUCUAAUUUAUUAAUACAAUUAUUAUGUUUAUACGAUGAACCAUACUGCUUAUUUCAAAGUAAAAUUAUUUAUUACAUGUAUUCUAACACUAAGUUAAGUUAAAUCAAAAAAUAUAUUUACUAUUUUAUUUAAUAGCUUUUUUAUACAUUUUAUGAAUUGAAUUCUCUGAAAAUUCUAUUAAUGAAAAUAAAAAUUAAAAAAUUAUUAUUGACUACCAUUGUGUAUUCGCUGUAAUAAAUAUAAA